AUGCAGCGGAUACAGAGUGAGAAGAGCAUCCUGGACGAGCCAGACUCUCCCCUCGAGUCUCGCAUCCUGUAUCACUCCAAUCUGCCAGUGAUCCCAUAUUAUCCUCCACGUUACUCAGACACUCUGGGCACAGGGACUCUCCCACACGUGUACAAUUACGACACGUGCAGGACCACAGACUCCAGAAAGAGUGACUGUAAGUUUGGCAGAGCUGGGAGUCAGAAUGUGCUGAUAAUGGAUCCCAGUUCAACAGGAACCAUGCAGCGGAUACAGAGUGAGAAGAGCAUCCUGGACGAGCCAGACUCUCCUCUCGAGUCUCGCAUCCUGUAUCACUCCAAUCUGCCAGUGAUCCCAUAUUAUCCUCCGCGUUACUCAGACACUCUGGGCACAGGGACUCUCCCACACGUGUACAAUUACGACACGUGCAGGACCACAGACUCCAGAAAGAGUGACUGUAAGUUUGGCAGAGCUGGGAGUCAGAACGUGCUGAUAAUGGAUCCCAGUUCAACAGGAACCAUGCAGCGGAUACAGAGUGAGAAGAGCAUCCUGGACGAGCCCGACUCUCCUCUCGAGUCUCGCAUCCUGUAUCACUCCAAUCUGCCAGUGAUCCCAUAUUAUCCUCCGCGUUACUCAGACACUCUGGGCACAGGGACUCUCCCACACGUGUACAAUUACGACACGUGCAGGACCACAGACUCCAGAAAGAGUGACUGUAAGUUUGGCAGAGCUGGGAGUCAGAAUGUGCUGAUAAUGGAUCCCAGUUCAACAGGAACCAUGCAGCGGAUACAGAGUGAGAAGAGCAUCCUGGACGAGCCAGACUCUCCUCUCGAGACUCUGUGCGUGGACAUGUCCGCUACUCUAUACCUGAAGAGUUGGCCGCUGGUUCCGUGGUCGGCAAUAUUGUGCUUGACUUGGGCUUGGAUGCGCAGAGACUAA